UGUUUGUGUCCAAAAUUGAAUUGAUUGAUUGUUAAAAAUAUCAAAUAUGUUUAUAGUUUUAUAUCUAUAUUGAAUUUUAACGAUAGGGUAAUUUGUAAUAGUUAUUUCUGUAAAAAAAUCAAAUAUAUUUUUGUGUUUGUGUAGAUUUAAAAGUUAAAUUUUACUGAAGGCGACGAAAUCGGUUUUAAGCAAAAUCGACUACAACAAAGCCGUCAAAUUACUUGUCAUAGACAAAUAUUAACUGACUCUACCAUUAUUUGUCAGCAUCGGCGCGUCAGCGCGUCACUUUCGUUACGCAAAUCCGCCAUUUUGUAUGUAGCUGGCGGUGCUUCGCGGCUUAGUUUCUUCGUUUAGUGAAUUUACCUACGAUAAACUGAAGAACUUUCUUCUAACUGACUCAGCAAGCCGGCUGUUCAUAAAAUUGACGAUUUUGUGAUUUUAGUUUACUCAUAUACCUUGUGCAUUCGUGAUUUGUGAGUGUCCUGUAAUAGGAGCGCGUGGCUGGUCUUUGUUGUUGGAUUUCGCUUAUUUACGGUUGUGGGACAGUGAAACGUGUCUACGUAUACUAACUACAAAGCAGACGAGCAUACGGCCCACCUAUAAGGCUACCGAGCUGUCUGACGGUGCAGUGCUAACUUUUGGGGCGUGCGUGUUUGAGUGCGUGCGAGUGUGCAGACAACGUCGCGGGAGGUGCUCGCGCGCGCGCGUGUGUGUGUGUUUAAGUGCUAGUGACACGGUGAGAGUGUUGUGCGUCGUGCGGUCCCAGGUGGCGCCGACGCUGCCGUCAAGUCAAUGCCGUUGUGCCGAUGGAGCGGUGAUCGCGGCCUGACUACGUCGCUACAGCAGCGCUGGUCAAAAAAGCGACACAAGACCUGCAAUUGGGCUGUGUGACCGCAACCAACCAACUGAUCACAUUGUGACGCGCUGCGGAACAUAUAUUAAAGCGGCUUUGCCGCUUUAAAUGGACAAACGCAAGAUGCUGCCAAAGAGAGCGCGCAUGGAUAGUAUGCGGGGUCCUAUUGCAAACGGACCCCUGCAAUCAAGGCCACUCGUGGCCCUGCUGGACGGUCGGGAUUGUACCGUCGAGAUGCCGAUCCUGAAAGACGUGGCGACGGUCGCCUUCUGCGACGCGCAGUCGACGUCCGAAAUACACGAGAAGGUACUCAACGAAGCGGUCGGGGCCCUCAUGUGGCACACCAUUAUACUAACCAAGGAGGACCUUGAGAAGUUCAAGGCGUUACGGAUCAUAGUACGCAUCGGGUCAGGUGUCGAUAAUAUCGACGUUAAAGCCGCCGGCGAAUUAGGAAUAGCGGUAUGUAAUGUUCCCGGGUACGGAGUCGAGGAGGUAGCCGACACCACGAUGUGUCUCAUAUUGAAUUUAUAUCGACGGACGUAUUGGCUAGCCAAUAUGGUCAGAGAAGGAAAAAAAUUUACAGGGCCGGAGCAGGUGCGCGAGGCGGCGGCGGGGUGCGCGCGCAUCCGCGGCGACACGCUCGGCAUCGUGGGGCUCGGCCGGAUCGGCUCGGCCGUGGCGCUGCGGGCCAAGGCGUUCGGCUUCAAUGUCAUAUUCUACGACCCCUACCUGCCUGACGGCAUCGAGAAGUCGCUGGGCCUCACCAGGGUCUACACGCUACAGGACUUAUUAUUCCAGAGUGACUGUGUCUCACUGCACUGCAGCUUAAACGAGCACAAUCACCACCUCAUCAACGAGUUCACCAUCAAACAGAUGCGUCCAGGUGCGUUUCUGGUGAACACGGCGCGCGGCGGGCUCGUGGACGACGAGGGGCUCGCCGCCGCGCUCAAGCAGGGCCGCAUCCGAGCCGCCGCGCUAGACGUGCACGAGAACGAACCCUUCAACGUCUUCCAGCAGGGUCCGCUGAAAGACGCUCCGAACCUGCUGUGCACGCCGCACGCGGCCUUCUACUCGGACGCGUCCGCACAGGAGCUGCGCGAGAUGGCCGCCUCGGAGAUCCGCCGCGCCAUCGUCGGCCGCAUCCCCGACUGUCUGCGGAACUGCGUCAAUAAGGACUACUUCAUGGCGGGAACGGGCGGCGUGGUGGGCGGAGUGGUGGGCGGCGUGGUGGGCGGCGUGGUGUCGGGGUCGGGCGGCGCGGGCGGCGCGUACGGCGAGGGCAUCAACGGCGGGUACUACGGCGCCGCGCAGGCCGCGCACUCCACCACCGCCGUGCACGAGCCCGCCGCGCACGCCGCGCAGCCGCCGCCCGCGCAGCCCGCGCCGCAGCAGCAGCCGCCCAUCACGCUGCCCAUAAACACGACGGACCCGGCCAACCACCAGAUCCCCAAGCAGGAGAGCUCGGACGUGCACUAGACGGGGGCGGAGGCGCCGACAAUAGUUUAACCGGGGCGGAGGCUCGCCGCCCGCACUCCUCACACUAUUCUAUUUCUACUUAAUUCGCGUUGUAUGUAGCUUGAUGUCUCGCGGUACUCCGGCGGCGACGCCUCUAUGACAAUAAAGUGUUUGACUGUUGAGGCGUCCCUCCCGGGAAGACGAACACCUACACAUAUAUAUAUAUCGGACGGGACCUUGUGUGUGUGAUUGUAAACAGUGCGGUUCUACGAGAUUCGUUUGUUAAUUAUAUAGGUGAUAUAUAUAGAUUUGUGUUUCCAGCGACGCGUCUUGAAUGUGUUGUGUCGGUCUAGCGUACACAUAUAUACAUAUACAUACAUACAUAUAUAUAGUAUAGUUUUUGUUCUGGCGUAUAUAUAUUAUAUAUCCAUAGCUUUGUACAGUCACCGGGUAACAAGAGCCCAGUCUGCGCUCACGUGCGACUGUCGCCGCUCGUGUGUACAGAUUGCAAUUUAAUAUAAAUAUAAUUUUGAAUUAAAAUUUCACGAGACGAACAAAUAUUGUUUGGUACUGAAGGCGGAAUCGAAAUUGGAUUUAUUAUUGUUUCUCAUACGCCCCGGAACGAUCCUAAGCGUUUGCAAAAAUGUUUGUAUACAUAUUACGUAAUACCAAAAUUAACUCUUAGACAAAAUUGCAAGUUCUACUAUCAUCGUCUGAUAUUUUAUUUCUAAACGGUUUAUGUAGUGUUUUUAGUCUUAAAAAAAACGUGUAUUAAAAUUUUUAAACGUAAGAAGAAAAGACUGGUAGUACAGUUGUCCGGGGACACGCCGGGCUGGAGGACUAUCAUCACAUUUACAAGGGACGCAGUACACAGAGGAGGUCAAAUAUUUUUUUAAUUUUUUUUUUUUGUGGAACUUACAAAAA